AUGGAUCGGAGUUGGAUGUAUAAGAAACGUAAUACACUUGAAUAUGUCAAUGGGGUUCUAGACGUCGUACAAAUUGCCAAGGAAUAUGCAAAUGAUGUCGAAUUAGAUGUAGAGAAAGAUAAACGUAAAGAAGAUAAUGUUAGAAAUGAUGAAGACAAUGACCGGCUAAAUGAAAUGAUGCGUGAUAUGCAAGGGGAUUUGAAUGAACUGCCUCAAGAGUUUGAAACUUUUUUUGGAAAUUCUGGAAAACCUUUGUUUUCUGGAUGUAGUAAAUUUACAAAGUUAUCAUCAAUGCUUAAAUUGUAUAACUUAAAAGCAAAAAAUAGGUGGAGUGAUAAGAGUUUCACGGAGUUAUUGAAACUUUUAAAGGACAUGCUUCCUGAUGAUAACAAACUUCAUUGUUCAACUUAUGAGGCAAAGAAAAUGUUAUGUCCGUUGAGUAUGGACAUUGAAAGGAUCCAUGCAUGUCCAAACAAUUGUAUUUUGUAUUGGAAACAAUACAAAGACUUGCAUGUGUGUUCGAAGUGUGGAGCAUCGCGUUAUAAACGGAAAGGAUACGAUGAUGCAUGUGAGAAGAAGAAAGGUGCUCCUGCGAAGGUGUUGUGGUAUCUACCGGUGAUUCCGAGGUUCAAGCAUUUGUUUGAAAAUCCAAAUUAUGCAAACAAUUUGCAAUGGCAUGCUGUUGGUAGAAAAGAAGAUGGAAAGUUGAGACAUCCCGCCGAUUCUCCUCAAUGGAAGAACAUUAAUAUGAAGUUUCCUGAAUUCGAUUCCAAAAACCGAAAUCUUAGGCUUGGACUAUGCACAGAUGGAAUGAAUCCUCAUGGUAACAUGAGUAGUCGCCAUAGCACUUGGCCAGUUCUUUUAACAGUUUACAAUCUUCCUCAUUGGUUAUGCAUGAAGCGUAAGUACAUCAUGUUAUCUUUGUUAAUAUAUGGGCAUAAACAACCAGGAAACAACAUAGAUGUGUACUUGACACCGCUUAUUGAAGAUUUAAAUAUACUGUGGAAUGAAGGUGUGGCGGUGUUUGAUGCUCAUAGCCAAACCAACUUCACCUUGCGAGCCAUGCUGUUCUGCACAAUCAAUGACUUCCCAGCAUAUGGUAACUUGUCAGGAUAUACUACUAAAAGGGCUAAGGCAUGCCCUAUUUGUGAAGAUGAAACAUAUGAUCUUUGGCUAAACAAUAGUAAGAAAAAUGUGUUCAUGAGUCAUCGAACCUUUCUACCUAUUGACCAUCCUUAUAGAAAGAAGAAAAAAGUUUUCAAUGGAAAAUCUGAGACUAGAGUGGCUCGCUCACCAUUAUCAAGGGAUGUCGUUUAUGAAAGAGUAAAAAACAUUGAUAUUGUGUUUGGAAAAACUUCAAAAACAAGUCAGAAGGGUAUUUGGAAAAAGAGGUCUAUAUUUUGGGAUUUACCAUAUUGGGAGCACUUAUCUGUUAGACAUUGUCUUGAUGUAAUGCAUGUAGAGAAAAUUAUUUGUGAUAGCAUUAUCGGGCCAUUGUUGAAUAUUCCAGGUAAGACGAAAGAUGGUAUAAAAGCUGGAAAAGAUAUGGUUGAAAUGGGGAUAAGGGAUCAGUUAGCACCACAAGAAUCGGGAAAGAUGGCAUACUUACCUCCAGCUUGUUAUACUUUGUCUAAAAAGGAGAAAACACGUUUUUGUAGCUGUCUGAAUGGUAUUAAUGUUCCUUCCGACUAUUCAUCUAAUAUUAAAAAACUUGUUUCAAUGAAGGACCUUAAAUUGGUUGGUAUGAAAUCUCAUGAUUGCCAUGUGUUAAUGCAACAUAUGUUACCUGUUGCUAUUAGAGGCAUAUUACCAAACCAUGUUAGACAAACCAUUACCAAGCUUUGUUACUUUUUCAAUGCCAUUAGUAGUAAAGUUGUUGAUCCAGAUGUGUUAGAUUCGUUGCAAGCUGAUGUGAUAGUAACUUUAUGCCAAUUUGAAAUGUAUAUGUAUGCAUUUGAGAGAUACAUCGGAAUUUUGAAAGGAUAUGUGAGAAAUCGAUACCGGCCAGAAGGGAGUAUAAUUGAAGCUUAUGGCGCUGAAGAAGUCAUUGAUUUUUGUACUGAUUAUUUGUCUAAUGUUGAGUCCAUUGGUGUUUCUAAAUCACGUCAUGAAGGAAGACUCACAGGAAAAGGUACCAUUAGUAUCCCAAGCGUAAGGCCGAAGCAGGUUGAGGAGGGUGACACUGUCAACGGCGAUGGCGGGCUGUGGACACUGUCGACGACGGCGAGGGCUGGCUGUAGACGGCGGUGGAGGGCUGGCUGUCGACACGACGGCGGUGGAGGGCUGGCUGUGGACGGCCAGGGGCGGUGGAGGGCGACCGGUGAAGCUGUCAACGACGUUUGGGAGAAGGGUUUGCAGAUAGAGCAGCAACGAAGGUGGGAAUUGAAAAAGGGUUUUAUGACUAAUGAGAGGGAAUAA